AUGCGCCUCCACCCGCGCGAUCGCGGCGCGGCGCUCGCGCUCCUCGCGCUCCUCGCGCUCGCGCGCGGCGCCGUCGCGCGGUCCCCGCCGCUCCCCGAAGACGCCCCCUCGACUUCGACGUGCGCGUGGCUCGACGCGGCCGCGGCGUCGUCCCAACGCGGGGUCGUCUCCGACGGCAGCGGCGAGCGCGGGACGUACCUCCCGAACAGCAACUGCACGUGGAUCAUCCGCCCGGAAGUGUCCGGCGCGAGCGCGAGCGCGAACGCGACGGAGGGGACGACGACCGCGGCGGCGGGGAUAACCCUCGUCUUUCCCUCCUUCAAGACCGUGUUCGACGACGACUUUCUUUACGUCACCGACGUCUCCGACGCGUCGUCCCCGAACCCGCUCGCGGCGUACACGGGCAUCCUCCCUCCGCUGACGGCCGCGCGGUUCGAGAACGUCACCGCGCUGAAGCUCGAGUUCGUCACCGCGGAGGAGAACCGCGACGCCGGGUUCGAAGCCGUCUGGCUCGCCGACGGCUCGUGUUACAACGACUGCCGCGGCGGCGGCGGCGGCGGCGGCGGCGGCGACAGCGGUCGAUGCGUCGACGGACUGUGCGUCUGCGACGAUGACCACGUGGGCGCGGACUGCAGCAUCCCGGUGCCGCGCAUCCCCGGCGACGGCGUCGGCGUGAACGGAAGCGUCGGCGUCGGCGAGUACCGAUACUUUCGCGUCGACGUCCCGAGCGACCCGCCCGGGCUGAUGCUGAAGCUCGAGCUGACGUUCCCGAACGGCGACAGCGACGGCGCGAGGCCGAUGUUGAUGCUCGCGAACGCGUCCGCGGCGAUGAGCGGCGAUCCGAAAGCGGCGGGGAAGAGGGGAAACCCGGGCGCGGCCGCGGACGACGCCGCGGACGACGCCGUCACGUACUUUGACGAUUUCGCGACGAAGGACGGCGGCGAUUGCGGGCCGUACCCGGGCUGCCGCUGGGCCAACACGGACGCGCGAGGCCCCGCGGACAUCCCGCCCAACGUUCGCGUCGCCGGCGACGCGAACGCGUUCAGGCUCGGCGGGCAGCCGCUCGUGCGGAGUCUCCGCGGGCGAGACGCGUUCCCGCGACGGGACGUCCUGCUUCCCGCGCACCCGACGCCGCAUUACAACGCCCUCGUCGACGCCCGCGACUGGGACACGCACGCGGAUCACCACCAUCUGUACGUCACGAACGAGGCGUACUCGCCCAAGUACGCGGACGGGCGCGCGAAGGUGGUCCUGACCCCGGGGACUUGGAUCGUCGGCGUGACGAACACCGAGACGACGCCGCUGCCGAGGUUCCUCGCCGGAACCGUCCACGACGAUAUCCAGUGGUGGGGUCCCCGUCCCGGGUUCGAGGGCGCGGUGAACGGGGUGAAUUUCACCCUGAGCGCGACGCUGAGCGACGACGUGGACGAGAUGUGUUUGAAGCGGUGCGGCGACGGCGGCGGCGUGUGCGACGCCGGGACGUGCCGCUGCGGCGGCGGCGGCGACGGCGCGGACGUCGACGGCGUCGACGCGGCGGGCGACGCGCUCGUCGUCGGCGAGCACUGCGAGCACGUCGCGGCGACGCUCGAGCCCGGGGGAGAAACGGUCAAAAUGCCGACGUUACACAUCGGUCAGUGGGCGUACGCGUUCGUCCCCUCGCCGAAGAACGUCGACGAGCACAAAAACCAUCCGCUUCUCGUGGAGCUGUCCCACGGCGGCACCCCCGCGGCGUCCCCGAUGCUCUUCGCGACGGCUUCGAACGACGCGAUCGACGCCGACGGCGGGAUCGAGGUCCCGUCCCCGGACAUCACGUGCGCCGCGUUCUGGGGCAGCGGGCCGUACGGGGACGUGCACUGCCACGUCACCGGGUACGGCAACGCGGACUUUCAGUUCCCGCCCCCAGAGGCGUUCGCGUCCGGCUACGAAAAGACGGUCACCGCGGCGGAGAUUGGCAUGGACUACGCCUCGAUCGUGAUCCCCCCGGAGGCGCGGCUCGACGUCGGGGACGGGUUCUACGUCGGCGUUUGGAACCAUCCGUCGUACAGCGGGGACGCGCUCGAGUACGAGCUGAGGGCGACGUACGUGACCCCGGGGGAGCCGUCGUGCCCGUUCGCGUGCGGCGGGAACGGAAAAUGCGGCGGCGGCGGCAGCGGCGGCGAUAUCGAACCAUCCGACGCCGCCGUGUUCGUGGACGCGACCGCGCGCGACUGGACGUGCUCGUGCGCGCCGAACGCGACCGGGGCGUACUGCCAGGACGAGCUCACGACGCUCGCCCUGGACGCGGACGUCACGCGGACGCUCGAGAACGGCGCGUGGGAUUAUUUCGUCCUCGACCUCCCCGCGUUCGCCGGCGGCGGCGCUGACGACGACGACGACGACGAGCGUCUGCACUCCGUCCUCAUCGAGAUCGACAAGAUCCAACGCGACGCGUUCCCGCUCGUGUACGUCAAGCGCGGAGGUCCCCCCGCGGCGUUCGCCGCGGUGUACUCGUCCACGGUGCGCGAGGCGGUGAUCGCUCUGGACCCGGACGCGAACGGCGUCGGCGUCGCGGCGCUCGCGGACGCGGGAAACUCUCGUAUCAACCUCACGGGCGCGGUCCCCGCGAACGCGCGCGUGAUCGGGCUUCGGUACGACCUCAGCGUCGAGGCGACGUUCCCGUCGUACGUCAGCGAGGCGUGCCUCGCGUUCGAGAGCGGCUCGCGCGGGUACGAAGCGAUCGCGUGUCCGUCUGAUUUAGCCGCCUCCGGGACGAAGGUCGUCGUCGGCGGGACGUCCGACGCGGGGGGCAGGUCGGUCGACGUCGACGGCGGCGGCGGCGGCGGCGGCAGCGAUUUCGCCAUCUCUAACCUCAACGUCGUCGCGUUCGACGUCCCCGAGGACGGCGUCCUGUUCAUGGAGCUGUUCGAGAGCUACGACGACUUCAAACCAGACGACGCGGCGACGGGCGGCGAGAACCUCGCCUCCGAGCCCCCCGACUCGAGGUGGAACGGCACCGUCGCGGUCCUCUUCCGCGAGCGCGUCGCGAUCGGCCACGACUACCAGGACGUCGAGUCAGCGUACUGCACCGGGAUCGACUGCGCGGUCGGGGACGAGCACGGCCUCGUGUUCCCGCUCGCGGUCGACGACGCCGACGCCGACGCCGUCGCCCCCGCCCCGCCCGGCGACGGUCGGUACUACGUCGGCGUGUACAACUCCAGGAUCGGGUCCCCGUCCGGGACGCUGUCGCAGCACGAGAGCGCGCGGUUCGCGGCGGACAUGACGUACACGAUACGCGCGUCCGCGUCCUCGAACGCCGCGCCCGCGUGCGUGAACGACUGCAACGGCGUCGGGGAGUGUUUACCGACGACGACGCCCGCGUGUCGCUGCGACCCGGGGUUCUUCGGUCCCGGGUGCUCCGUCUCCCCGGUGGAGAUCCCGCUGGUCGACGACGUCGGGACCGCGGCCGGGUUCGUGCCGGAGGGGCACUUCGAGUAUCGGUUCGUGGACGUCCCGGCGGACGCGAAGUUUUUGGUCGUGAACCUCACCUUUCCGCUGCAUCAGGCGAGCGCGCCGAGGGUCUUCGCGCGACGCGGGGCCAUACCCGCGCACUGCGACUCUAUCCUCGGCGCGGCGUCCGGGUGCGUGGACGCGUACGACGCGUCUGACGAGAACGCGGGCGACGGCGACGUGGUAUGGACCGAGAGCGGCGCGAUGCUCGUCCGGACGCUGAAGAUCGAUCCACGCGAUCCGCGCGGCGAGGGCGGGGGCGCCGGCGGCGUCGGCGGCGGCCUCGGCGGCGACGUCACGUCCGUCGCCGCCGAGCUGAACAAGCGCGAAGCCGAGGCCGCGCUCGCGCUCGUCGCCGGGCGCGACGCCGACGCAUCGGAUCCCGAGAAGACCGUGACCACCGUGAACGCGACGCUCGACUUCGACUUCGACUUCGACUACGACAUCGACGGCGGCGUCCUCGACGGUCUCGUCGACCGCUGGCGUCUCCCCGCGGCGCUGCGACGCCGGUGGUACGUCGCCGUGUACAACGACAUUCACGGCGGCGAGUCUUUGACGUUCUCACUCGGUGUCCGCGUGUCCUCCGUGGCGUCGUGCGUCGUCCCGGACUGCAGCGGGCACGGGACGUGCGAUUUGAAAGCCGGCGUGUGCGCGUGCGAGGAAGGGUACUUCGGCGCGUCGUGCUUCGCGAGGAUGAUGCCCGUCGACGCCGACGCGGCGGCGCCGACGCGGCACGACGAGGCUUUAUCCCUCGGCGAGUUUACCUUCUUUACGUUCCGCGUCAACUGCACGGGCCAAGACGCGUCGAUCGUCUUCACGAAACGGCAGCCCGGCGACGAAAACGCCACGUCGUCGGGCGGCACCGGCACGGAGGUCGAGCUCGCGGUCCGGCACGGCUCGAUACCGACGCUCGACGACGGCGGGUUCCUCGACGGCGUCGUCUCCGCGACGGACGAACCGGACGCGUGGAUCAAGCUCCACAACGCGCGCCCUGGGACGUACUACGGCGUCGUGCACGUCUCCGCGGGCGAGGCGCUGCGCGCGUUCGCGUUAGACGUCGCGCUCGAGGGGUCGCGCGUGCCGAACGCGCACAACCAGUGCGAGUACGCGGACGAUCAGCUCGUGAUGGAGAUUUACGCGCCGUCGGGGACGUACGCGCGAUUAGGACCGACGAGCGGGUCCACGGGGUCGUCCGUCGUGCUCCCGGUGGAUCACUCGUUGAUGCCCGCGGAUAUCUACGAGCCCGCGUACGGCGCGUGCGGGGACGUGAACGAGACGACGACGACGGCGACGGCGGCGGCGGCGAAGCACUGCUACCUCGGCGACGGGCACUCGUCCGGACGCGUGCGCGACCUCCCCCGGGACGCCGGACACGGCCCCGUGGAAGGACGCGUCGUCCUGGGCCUCGCGACGCCGGCCGACGUGGACGACCGGGCGUACUUUUACGUCUACGGCGACGUGAGAAAAUACUACGGUCGGUUUCCCGGCGACCUUCUCGCGGUCGGGAGCGUCGCGGAGCGGCCGACGCUCGCGUUUCAGGGCGAGCCGAACGAUUCGAACAACGUCGAUCUCGAGGCGUGCGGGCCGCUGAAGAACGCGGAGGACGUGCGCGGGAACGUCUGCCUCGUCGUCCGCGGCACGUGCCCGUUCAGCGCGAAAACGCUCGCGUGCCAAGCCGCCGGCGCGGUCGCCGUGAUCCUCGUCAACGACGACUUCGACGAAGGCGCCGCCGACAACUGGAUCGGAUCGCACGACCCGGCGGAGAUUAAGAUACCCACGAUCUCGUACGGCGGGAGGGACGGGAACAUGAUGCUGAACGAGAUGUUCGACGCGUCGAUCAUCUCGAACGCGUCCUCCGCGUCGACGAACGUGACCCUCAACGCGACGCCGUGGGAGGCGUACGCGCGCGACGUGACCGUCAAGGCGUACGCCUAUCGGUGCGAAGCGCCGUCGAAAUGCCCGGCGUGCGCGCCCGGUCUCGCGACGCCCGCGGACGGGUGCAGCUCCGCCGCGUGCCCGGGGAUGGACCCCGCGCUCUCGCGCAACUGCAGCGAGCGCGGCGUCGGUCCCCACGGCGGGUGUUCCCUCGCGCCGCGCGAGCGGUGGGUCGACCUCACGCCGCGUUUCGCGUGCGAGUGCGCGCGCGGGUACGCCGGAGCCGCGUGCGAAAUUUCGCACGACCCGCCGGCGUUCACGACGACCCCGGAGAUCGUCUUCGGCGCGGCCGCGACGACGAUCGAAGACGGGGACGUGUUCACGUUCACCGUCCACGCGGACGCGUCCGUGGAUGACGUGGACGUGGUCUACGUCCUCGAAGGCGCGGGCGCGCCGGGGGCGGCGGUGGACCCGAAGACGGGGGAGUUUACGUUCAACGCGAGCGGCGUCCGCGCUGCGGCCGCGUCAGCGACGACUGGCGACGGCGACGGCGGCGGCGGUCCCACGGCGUACGCGUUCAGAAUCGCGGCCGUGGACGAGCUCGGGGGGAAGAGCACGACGGAUUUUCUCGUCGCCGUCGGCGCCGCGGCGGGCGGAAGCGCGCCCGUCGUCGAGACGCGGACGCGAAUGCGGACGCGCGAGAACCCGGGGCGGACCGUGGGGAUCGCGCUGGGGUGCCUCUUCGUCGCCACGGGGCUCGUGACCGUGCUCGCGAUCGUGAUAACGCGGCGUAUAAAGAGGCAGAAGCACAGGGAAGAGGUGAAGAAGCAGGUCGCCAUGGUCGAGCUUUAA